AUCGACUGAGCUAUGUCGUUUAAAUACUCUGCAAAAAAUAUUUUUUUUGUAUAACCGUCCAAGCUAAGUCGAUUUUUAUCUUUAAAAAUAUAUUUUGAGAAACAGGCCGAGCUUUUUGGUCAAAACUCCAAUCAAACUUUUUAAAUAAACCGAACUAAGAAUAGACCAAUUUUGGUCAGUCCUUUUUUUUAUUAUUAUUAUUUAAUUUAAAAUAAUCUCUUUUAUUUGAAAAAAAAAAAAAAACCGCUUACUUUAGUCUUAGCACUUGUAAAUCUUUAGUAUGCACACCAACUGUUUGUUAAAAUGCCUAGCUGAUGAAUUCAAGAAAUAAACUUUGAGAAAUUUCAGUAUUUCACAUUAUUUAGCUUAACAAAUGUUUUCAUAGGCGAGUUGGGUCGAUCUUAAAUCUUACACUAAUAUAAUGGUUUCUCUUGUUUCAUACCAUUUUAUUCUUUCUUAAGCUGCUCAACCCAUCCGCACAUCAACUGUUUGUUAUAAUUCCUAACUGAAAAAUUCAAAAUAAACUUGGAGAAAUUUCAGUAGCACACAUUAUUUAGUCCUUCUCAGAGUAUUAGUAUUAUUCUUGUUUAUCAUUACCUGUUGUUUCUUUAGCCUCGAUUAGCUUAUUAUCUUGGUAUUGUCUCUGCUGUCUCUUUUUCAUCGUUCUUUGAUCCGUGGGUCUAUCAGAAACAACAUAUCUACCUUUUGAAACCCCACCUAUAAGAUCUUCGUAACCUCUACCCUCCCCAGACCCCACCCAUGAGAUUACACUGGGGUUUUUUUUAUUGUUGUUGUUCACAUUAUUUAGCCCUUAUCAGAGUAUUAGUAUUAUUCUUGUUUAUCACUACCUGUUGUUUCUUUAGCCUCGAUUAGCUUAUUAUAUUGUUGUGGUCUCUGCUGCCUCUUUUUCAUCGUUCUUUGAUCCGAAAGUCUAUCAGAAACAACAUAUGUACCUUCUGAAACCCCACCUAUAAGGUCUGCGUAACCUCUACCCUCCCCAGACCCCACCCGUGAGAUUACACUGGAUUUUUCAUUGUUGUUGUUGUUGUUGUUCACAUUAUUUAGCCCGACGGAAUGUUUCAUAGGCUAGUUGGGUCAGCCUUAAAUCUUCGUGGCAACGCAAUAUUGUCCACUAUAAAGGAGCUAGGCAAUGUUGGUCUAUUGUAUUCAAGUGCAACAGCAUUGGAAGCGCUACCAAGAAAGCUGAAAAGGGCUGAAAAAAAGCCAUGGGUGACGAAUAUUAAUGAGCUUAAACGGAGAGGAAGAGUGGAGAAGGAAGAGAGAAAAGUGGUACGUGAAGUUGCAUUAAGGCCACCUGAAAAUGGGCUAUUAGUUAAAGAGUUAAUCCCAGUUGCUCAUCAGGUCUUAGCUUCCAGAAGUCAGUUAUUAGCUUGUGUUUCGAGGAUUUCGGAGGAAAUUCCUAUUUAUUUUUGCAGCUUCUGUAGCGAAGUUCAUGUCGGUCAUCCACCACAUAAGAUUAGAACUUGCGAUGUUAGCGGCAGUCAGAAGAACAAAGAGCAUACAUGGCAAAGAGGGGAUGCAGAGCAUAUAGUACCUGUUGUAGAAUCUUUUCAUCUCUAUGACAGGUUGGGAAGAGCUGUUUCACAUAAUGAGCGACUUGAAGUUGAUCGCAUCCCAGCCCUCGUGGAAUUGUGCAUUCAGGCUGGUGUGGAUUUACCUGAAUACCCAACCCGAAGAAGGAAGUUCCCCAUUUACCGGGUUGCUGGAAAACUCUUAGAUUUUGAGAAGAGGUUUCCAAAGGAUGAUUUGUCCUGGAAGGACAUAGAAACUUCUAAGUCUAAGGAAACUAUGAAGAAACUCAGUGGAGAUGGAAAAUAUUUGAAUUUACACUAUGAUGACAUAAAAGGAUUCGCCAUGCGAGGAAUUGAAGCCUGGGAGAUUAUGCGUACCGGAGCCAUACAGCUCAUGCAAAAGUAUCCCGUUCAAACAUGUGGAUAUUGUCCUGAGGUGCAAGUUGGGCCAAAGGGUCAUAGGGUUAGACAAUGUCAAGCCUUCAAGCACCAGAUGAGGGAUGGACAGCAUGGUUGGCAAGAGGCAACAAUAGAUGAUCUUCUCUCCACUGUAUAUGUUUGGCAUGUCCGAAACCCGCAUGCUGGUGACCUUUUGGUUGAUUCUUUGAAGAGGUAUUAUGGAAAGUUACCUGCGGUCGUUGAACUGUUUAAUCAAGCUGGAGCACAGGUCGGAGAUGAUUACCAUUGCAUGAUGAGGGAAGAUGUUGCAGUUCCUGGACUAGAUGAAGAAAAAUUGGUAGUAUAAAGCUAUGAGAUGCUGGCCUAUAUAUUUGUAGAUUAUUUGAGUUCCUGGCAGAGAUGUGCUCGUACCUUAUGGCAAAAAGUUAAUAGGCUGUUUAGAGUCCAAAACAUGAAGAGGAGAGAGCUCAAAAUUAAUGCUGGGACAUAUUUACUGUUCAUUUAUCUAUUAGAUUACCUCCGAAGGUGAUGAGAAAGCAUCCCAUAGAGGAGGUUGGUGGUUUCUUUUAAUGUUUUAAGCUUCACUUGUAAUGUGAAAGCCGCAUUGUUAUACAGUUAUACAUGCAGAGGCAGAGGAGAAACAAGAUUAGACUGAAGGGUUAUUGGUUUGGUGGCUGCUGCUGAGGAUAAACCAACACGAGAUCGAUUCUGUGAUUUUGUUGCGAGGGCUCGUUUACUGUUAGGACAACAAUAGAUUCUGGCAAUUGGAACUUCAACAGUUCAAUUUCUUGUUGAAAUACAACUUUUUUCUUGCCUUUAGAAUUAAGACAACGUGUAGUAGUUACAAUUAUGCAAAGUAAACAAUAGUUUCACAUUUACCUUUAGGAUGUCGUGAAUAUAUGUAAAAGUGCUCUUUGUGUUAAACGUAAAUCAACUUACAUUAAAUGGA